GUCCAUGCCGAGGCAGAGUUGCUGUUUGGUAGUCCACCUCCAGCCAGAUGUACUUCAAGUAGAUUGGAGUAGUGACAAUGAAGAAAUUGUUGAAGUACCUCAAGUAGAUUGGAGUAGUGAUGAUGCAGAGAUUGUGGAAGUGGAGUGGUCAGAUUCCGAGGACAGUCGUAAAGUCCCAGAGUCAGAUUCCGAGGUGAAUGUGGCAUAUACGGAUUCUGACGAUGAUUACUUGGGUUUUGCUGAUCAUCAAACUGUAUUUGCCCCACCUAACAACCAAAAGGAUGUCAACAAUUAUAUUCUAAGUGAAGCAAGGUCUGGUAGAGGCAUGAAAAAAAAGGCCUUAAAUAUAUUAAGUAUGAAGGCAGCUUUGAAAACAAAAUGCGUCUGUGGGAAUGAGUGUUGUAUGAAGUUGAGCAUUGAGUCGGUAAGAGACAUUCGGGAGAAGUUUUGGCACAAUUCAAGAUCAACUAGGAUGUCAUUAUUGAAAGUGUUUUUUGAACAAUCUAAAAAAAAGGGAAAAUAUAGAUACUUUUCUGUAGUGUCAAGAAAACAUAAAUUUAGAUUGUGCUCAAAAGUAUUUCUUUCGGCUCUAAAAAUUAACAAAAACACUCUUACUAUUGCUUCGAAAAUGUGUGAUGAUUAUUUGGAUGCCCCAUCUGGAAAGUCUCCACGCAGCUGGGAUAGGAGCACACUCCUACUAAUUGCAUGGCUUGAAGAAUACUUCACUUUUCAUGGUGAGAGGAUGCCAAACAGAUAUGAAAUCCUUCUACCAUACGGAACAGUCCAAAGGGAAAUUUAUGAACAAUAUAAAAAGGAUGUUGAAAAUCCGGUGUGAAAGAGCCAGUUUUAUAAAAAGUGGAAAGAGAAUUUUCAGUUUGUAAAGGCUAAAAAGACAAAUAGCUUUACCAGAUGUACAACAUGUGUGACAUUGGAAAGGCAGCUCACGAAAACCACAUGUACAGAAAUGCGGGCAUUCUAUAGACAAAAGAAAGAAGAACAUAACCUUCGUCAGAUGUU